UUCCCCACCCCACCACCGUCUCCUCUCUUUCCCCCAUCUCUUUCUCUCCCUUCGCCGGCCGGCAGCGGAAGCAAGGAAGGCCGGCCGCGGCCGCCAUUGCCUCCAGAUUGCCCACCCAACCUGCCCGCCGCCGCCGGUAGAUAGGAGGAGGGUAGGCGGAGAGCAUGAUGCUGCGGCGCGUGGCCUCGUCGACGCCGGUGCCCGAGUGGCUGGAGGCGCUCCUCACCACGCGCUUCUUCCUGGCGUGCGGUGCGCACCCAGCGUCCCCGCGCAACGAGUGCAACAUGUUCUGCCUCGACUGCCGGGGGGCGCCGCCGCCGGCCUUCUGCUACUACUGCAGGGCGCACCGACACGCAUCCCACAGGGUCAUCCAGAUACGGCGGUCCUCCUACCACGACGUCGUCCGCGUCUCCGAGGUGGAGGACGUCCUCGACAUCACCGGCGUCCAGACCUACGUCAUCAACAGCGCCAGGGUGCUCUUCCUCAACGAGCGCCCCCAGCCGCGCGGUGCCGGCGCCGCCGCCGGCAAGGCAGCCGCCUCCCCCUACAACUGCGAGAUCUGCGGCCGCGCGCUGCUCGACCCCUUCCGCUUCUGCUCCCUCGGAUGCAAGUUGGUGGACACCAAGCGGAGCAACGGCCACGCGGCGGCGGCCGCCGACGGCGGCGCGGCCAAUGAGGAGGCGGAGGAGGUCGGCGGGAGCAAGAACGCCGCGGCGCGGCCGCAGGGGCGCCGGCGGAAGGGGAUCCCCCACCGCGCGCCCUUCUGGUCCUGACCCACCUCACCGGCAACAGCAUUCGGCCGAUCGAUCAAUGGCGUCCGGAACAGAAGAGGAAUGAAGAAUCAGUAGCAAUCCGAUGCAAUGCGAGCAUCAAGGCAGGCAAUGCCAGCAAAUGGGACUGGCCGGCUUCGUUCAUUCCCUUGUACUUACUUACUUACUUAGAAAAAAGAGAGAGGAGAUUCUGCCCGCCCGCCCAACUAGAAAAAAACAAACAAAGAAAGAAAGAUAUAGAUAGAUAGAUAGAAAAGCAAGCAAGGUGAGCUGAGCUCGGCAGCCCCAACCCAACCACCGGAAGGAGAGGGAGAGGAAGGGAAGGGAAGAUGCCGGGCCGGGGCCGCGCGCGCGCUGGACUCCAGUAAGGAACAUGUCUGUCGCCAUCUCCCUCUUGUUUCUCUCUCUCUCUCGCCAUGCCUUGCCAUACCACCAUUUGGCACGGUAGGUGUACAUGACAUGCCUGAUCAUUCAUCUCCUAGUCAUAGCCCAUGCAUAUUAAACUUGAAUUAGCAGGAAAUGGAUUCUUUUACAGUACAUUGGUUGGGAUACUUGAUAAUGAGCAGUAUU